AUGUGUGUAGCAAAGGAUCACUCUGACAGUGAUCCAGGCUAUGACUGUCGACCAGGGAAACCAUGCUGGCCUAAUGAUAGCGAAUGGAAUCAGUUCAAUACCACUCUUGGCGGCAAUCUGUACGCGACUGUGCCCCUCGCGGCUUCAUGUUACCUCGGAUCUAAGACUUACGAUCGAAACGCAUGCGACAAGGUGGCCUCGUCGUACACCAACUCCACCACCCGAAGUGCUGUGUACGGUGCCAGUGAGAUCCUGAAUUGGGAAACCUGUCACGAAGCAGGAUGCACAUUACAAUCACUACUCCCUCAACUGCCCCCGGUUUUGAACCAGUGCACUCCCGGUCGACUGUCACAAUACUACGUGAAUGCAACGCAUCCUAGUCACGUAUCUGAGACCAUCAACUUUGCACGUCGGCACAACCUACGGCUCUCGAUCAAGAAUACUGGCCAUGAUUACUUUGGACGCGGUACGGCGCCGAAUUCUCUAGCUAUUUGGACACACCACAUGAACAAUAUGUCAUAUCAUUCUGACUUCAAGGCCUUCAAAUGCCCCUUGGCAGAUGGUCACAAUAUUGGAGAAAUUGGAGCCGGAACACAAGCAGUCGACGCAUAUGCCUUUUUUGAGAAACAUGGCAUGAACGUUCCUGGUGGCAACGAAGGCACCGUCGGCCUGGCUGGAGGGUUUGGCCAAGGUGGCGGUCAUGGCGUUUUUGGGCCAUCGUAUGGGCUAAUGGUGGACAAUGCUGUGGAGUUCGACAUUGUUACUGCGGACGGCAACCAGCGCACCAUCAACGCAUGCAAUGAUCCAGAUCUAUUCUGGGCUAUGCGUGGUGGAGGCGGCGGGACGUUCGCCGUUUUGACGGCUUACCGAUUCCAACUACAUCCUACUAGGCCCAUCCAUCUUUACACUCUUCGUGCCGAAUUCCCGCCGCUACGAGCGGAACAAGCACUGCAUGACUUUUUGACCAUCCACGCCAACAGCCAGACAGCCUGGUCCAACAAUCGAGUUGCUGGACAUGCGUACUACUUUCCAUCAAAAAUGGAGAUGUAUCUGGUUUUACCAGACGAAGACCCAACAGUCCUGCAGGAUUUGACCUCCGCCUACCAGACCUAUGCGGCCAGUUACCCGGGUCUGACCGUCUUAGAAAAUCGAUAUUCUACGUUUGAGAAAUAUUCCGGACUAUUGCAGGUUACCCAAUCGAUUGCAGACCGGCUGACUCCAUCUGGCUUCUACGAAGUUCUCGCUGGCAGGCUAUUGCCGCGCAACCUCUUCAAUUCGCAGAGCAGAGAAUCUCUUGUCAAUGCCGUCAUAAGUGGCAUCAGGAGCAGUGACAAUAUCAUAGCGCGGGCUGCUGAUAUCCCAACGCAAAUCAUUAUGACUACACCGGCGAACCAUCCAAAUGGAAGUGCGACUGGAGUUCAUCCCGCUUGGCGAGAUGCUCUUUGGCACCUUGUAUAUUCGGGUGGAUGGACAGAUGGCGUUCCGGCAACUGCCCAAAAUCAUAUCAUAAAGAGUUUACUAGACUCUGUCGAACCAGUCAAGAACCUGACAAUCGGAGGUGGGUGCUAUGUCAACGAAGGUCAUUAUCUGGAGCCUGAUUGGGAGCAAACCUUCUUUGGCUCCAACUACGACAAAUUGCUGGCAGUGAAACAGCGUUACGACCCGACGCAUCUUUUUGAUUGUUGGAAAUGUGUUGGAUGGCGUGGUCCCUCUGACCCCUUCUACUCUUGCUACUCGUAG